UUGAUCGACCAGAAAGAAAAAAAAUAACUGUUGUGACACUUCUGAGAUGGAUUAAAAAUUAUCUAGUUGAAAAUAAACUCGCAACGCUGCACAUCCAACCACGAUGUUCACGAGAAGUUUACAAUUAAUAUUUUUAUGUACCGCAAUAGCUGCGACUGAAUUGGAGGAAGAAAUAUAUCUUCAUUCAAAUGGAGUGCGUAGUCUCAGUGAACUUCCAUUGGCGAAGUUAAUUCAAAUAAAGUUAAGUCUGGCAGAAGAUAUGGCUUUAGAUAAUGUUACUCUUGUGGACGAUCUGGAGGGAAGGACUGCCCUUGCUCUGCCCAUGGUGUCUUCGUCUAGAGGAAUUGAUUAUAAAUCGAUACGUCGUCACGGUGAUUGGGACGAAAAGGGGAAAGACUCGAAAAUAUCGAAAAUAUUUCAGUUGGCCAUAACUACGCUCUCGUUCCUAGCAUUUGGUGGAUAUCUCUUGACUUUGAUCAUUACCGCGAUACGGAGAACUAAUCCCGCCACAAAUGGAACAAAUUUCAUCGUAUUUUCGAAUCUGGAAACUUUGAAUAAAUAUCAGCGGCCAAAGAGAAAUGUUAUAAUGGUAGAUACUGUGUUAAAUGACACCGCUAUUGACCGAUUUUAUCAAGGGAUGAUUAUGUUGUCCGAAGAAUACGUAACGUAUACUAAAUUGAAAUAGCCACUGGAUCCUAUUGUCACUGAGUCGAUUUCCUAGAUUUUAAUUGACAGCAUAGGAGUAAUUUUUAUUUUAAGUCACCUGUCAAUCUGAUAUAUUUUUUCUCCUCAUUGCGGCUUUGUCUAAUCGAAGGCGCCACUUUCAAGUCAGCAUUUAGACCUACGCCGCCUUCGUUCUCGUUCUAUUCUAAUAGGCUACAUCAUUAAUAACUGUACGCGCCCCGAUAAUUUGUGCAAAAUCGUAAAUGUUACAUUUUUCUCUCCGAAAUUUUGUUCCCCAUUAUUUGAUUUCCAGUGCUAUCUUCGGAACCCCUCUCCCCAUGUAUUUUCUCAUUCUCUCAAAUAAUCAAUUGAAAAUUGAAUAUGUUAAAACCUAAUAAAAUCGAAUAGAAAUUCGGGGACGUGCAUAUACCGUGGGGAAAUAUUCCGGGCAUGUGGGUGAAGAACAGCUUCCAGCGUAGCUUCUCAAAUAAACAUCUAAGUGCCUGUAUACAACGAUCGCUGAAUGAGAAACUAACCAUAUGGUGAACCGGAAUAAAGCUGUCUAUUUUCUAGAUUUUUCAUCCACUCGGAAUUAAUUCGAAUAAUCCUCAGCAAUAGGAGAAAGUUCCCACCUCCACAGCCUCAUAUUUGCGCAAUUAUUCAAUCCAAGAUUUAUAAAUUCUCGGAGCUCAUUCGAUUCUGGAAACAAAAUUUAAUUUGAUUCGGUUUAAAAUUGAUUUUGGAAAUUUCGUUGAUAUCGAUUUAGUGCAAGAGACUCAUCAAAUCGGUGGCAAUGACAUAUGUGAUGGAGUGUAGGAAACAAUUAGGUGUUGAUAUGUAUUUUCACUUUAACCGAACGAUCACUUGGAGGAUUCUUCAAAGUAGCCACGCCUCCUGGAGAUCUGAGCACGAAUCAGGGUAGAAUAUGUGACUUCUCCCUCAUACGAUCAUCUUGGUAGUUCCACUAAAAAAUGAGAGAGCAACUCGUUUUCCAAAAGCUCGUCAGUCACAGAUCACUUAACUAACUUGUUCAAUAGCUUCGCACACGAAGGUCGUUAUGAGCUACAAUUAACAUUGCAAUUGUAACAAAUAAAAUAAUAAAGUUAAUUAUGCACACGAAACCAGAGUGGGAAAAUCGAUGGAUCAGUGAAUUGUAAAGAUAAUGAGCCUCCGUUGAAAUGGA